AUGGCAGACGAGAGCAAAGACAAGGGCAAGCAGCCAGCUAGUCUAGCUCCCACCACCAGCACCAGUGCAAUGGACGAAGAUCAAGCCGAAGAAGAACAAGAAUGGGAUCAGCAACAAGAUGCAGAUGGUCAAGCUGAGGACGACGAAGAAGAAGAGGAAGAUGCAAUGCAAGUAGACAGACAAGCUCAAAAUACGGAACAGGUCUUGAAAAAGGAUAAAUCUCUUGCUGAAUUACUCGUCAUGAUGGAUGAUUAUGCUCCCAUCGUGCCAGAUGCAGUCACAGAUUACUACUUGGCUAGAGCUGGAUUUGAAUCUGAAGAUGUUCGAUUGAAACGAUUAUUGGCACUCGCAUCUCAAAAAUUCAUUGCUGAUAUCGCCACUGAUGCAUUACAAUGGAGCAAAAUCAGGCAACAACAACAAACUACAUCAAAGGCAAAAACCAAUCCAAAGGACAAGAAAGCAGUCUUGACUAUGGAAGAUCUGACAAACGCACUCGCAGAUCACGGUGUAAACCUCCGAAAACCUGAAUACUUUGCAAGUUAG